AUGCUUACAUUUGUGUUUACAGUUGGGGAUGAAAUUGUGGUCGAACCGAGCCAGGUGUCGAUGAAUGCGGGCGACAACGUUACUCUAACGUGCACGUACAAAAAAUACGUUGAGAAAGAAGAUGCUGAAGAAGAGGAAGAAGAGGAUGAUGAAGAAGAUGAAGAUGCUUCUGGGAGUCCCUCUCUCACCUGGUUGUACCAGGAUAAAACAAUCCCAGAAGAUAAUAAAAGACAUGUAUUUUGUACUUCAGAUUUUUUGUUUGAUGUGUUCAUCAUAUAUGUCUCCGAAUACGAUCAUGGAUUGAUCCAUGUUGAAAUAUAUUCGAGCAGAGAAGUCUUGUUGACUCUGAGUGGAGUCGAGAGGAAGGAUGCUGGCGUGUAUUCGUGCGUGUAUAAUGGUGAUUCUGCUAAAAAGCCAAUCAGAUUCGAGAACGUGGUUGAGGAGCAUCACCCAUUGGAUGGCCUGCCCUACGUCAUCGGCUGCACUGUUGUCGCUACACCAAAAGCUCUUGUGUCCUGGAGAUUUAAAUCUCUUUUUAUUAAGAAAAAGUCGGACUUGGGGUUCAAAAAGUUGUCGUCAGGUUUGGAGAUUGCGAACGUGAGCGCGGUUCACAACGGCCUGUACGAAUGCGUGGGUCACGUGCGCAAGACUGGGGAGAUACGAUCGAGGGCCAUCCUGCUCGAUGUUGAUUGCCAAAGAUCACAAGUCAAACGAGCGAUCGUGAGAAAUAUUUCAGUGGCAGAUGUCGGCAGGUACUUCUGCGUGGCCAGCAACAAACAUGGGUCUGCUAGGGCGGUCAUCUCCGUCAAGAUCAGAGUGGACGCAGCGAUUAGAGAAAUAAGAGCUGAAGGAUUCAUCAUCGGACACGAUGGUGUCAUCACGUGCGAGUCAGUCGGAUUUGACCUUCCGGAGAUGACCUUGUAUAAAGUUGAAGAGUCAAAUGAACUUAGCAGGAUUCCGGCUGAGGUUACUGACCUUUCAUUGACGGAGCGCCAACUUGUAUCCAGGUUUAAGAGUGUGAACAUGGAUAAGGACAACGGUACAUACGUCUGCAAGGCUGGCAACAACUGGAAUGAAGUUAACAGGACGGUCGAGUCUGAUGUUGGAAUGACUCCAGUCAUUCUGACCCUUAAAACGGAGAAGGUCUAUAAGCACCCUGGCCAGCCUCUGCUGCUCAACUGUACGGCCAUCUCCAGAAAACUUUGCGUCAUAUCAUGGACUAGAAAACUACAUAGAGAAGAUGAUGAUGACGUCAUUAAGGAAGAUGGUGACAGCGAUAAUGAUGUCGAAAAAGUUGGCGAUAGUGGUGAUGAUGAUAAAUUCUACAGGAAGCCAAUUGUAGGCAACUAUGGAGUCUGCAGCCGGCUGCUAGUGGUUGAUGAGGACAGAAUUGGAAACUACACGUGCCACGUCAGCAACAAUAAAGGAUACGAGAAUGUUACUUUUGUCCUUUACAUCGCAAAAAAACCAUACGACUUGAAAAGCAUGGCGAUAGCGAACGUCACCGCGACAUCAGUGACGUUGGAGUUGGAAGAAUCGUAUCAAAGAGGUCUGCCCGUUGAAGUCAUCAUGGUCACUUUGCAGCCGUCUGGAGGCGAGCGAGAGGUGCUAAACUACACGAAACUUCCACAUGACAAUUUGAAGUACAAGAUUACAUUGACGAAUCUGAGCGACUCGACACCCUACCAAGUGUCAGCACAGCCAGUCAACGCCUUCCAUGUUGGACCAAUGAAGUUUGUUGAAUUCAAAACCAAAGAACUCUCCCGCCCUGACCCAGUUACGAUCCAGCAAAUCAAGGCAGCCUGCUUGCCACCAAAUGAGGUCACCAUCAACUGGCUCGCUCCCUAUUCAAGCAAUCUGCCAAUUAUUAAAUACACACUCAAAUAUAGAAAGGUUCUACCAGCAAAUUCUACAGCGCCAAAUAAAUGGAUCGAAAAAGAAACCAAAGAUACCAAAUACCUUCUUUCCGGUUUGGAGGAAUCGUACAAGUACGAACUGUUGGUGCAUGCAGUCAAUAAGAUGGGGCGCUCCAAUGAUAAUCCCGCAUACUACUUCCACACUUGCAGAGAUGAUGAUGUUGUUGCAUAUGGAAGACCUUUGCAUGAAUCUUCAAACUCCAAAACGAACUACGGGAUACUGCUGGGUAUUAUAAUUGGUGUCGUCCUGUUGGUCUGCCUUGUGGUCGACGUCGUCUGCUGCAUCUUCGAUCGCUGUGGCCUCACGAAAGCCAUCUACGAAGCUACCUGCAAGAAAAAUAGCAAGCGAACCAAAACUUACAACGUUAACGAAAGGCAACGAUUGAAUGAAGAAAAAGCAACAACUGCGUGAGCUGAAUAGGUGAAGAAGAUGAAAUGAAAUAAUAACGAUGCUCCUUAAUAAACCACUAAUUUUGUUUUUAUUAUUUUUUAUUUAUCAUUUUUCUUUGUCUUAUUUUUUCUUAUUUAAGUCGGUAAAUUUAUGUAUCUGCAUGUAUGUUUGUGCUUUUAGGUGUGUGUCUGUGCUUCUAGGUGUGUCUGUGUGUGUGUGUGUGUGGUGUGUGUGUGUGGUGUGUGUGUGUGUGUGAGUUUAAAGGAGAUAGUGCACAGUGCAAAUGUUCUCUUAACUAUUGCAUUGCACAGCUUCUUCUUCUUUUAAUAUAAAAAUGAACAAAUGAUGAUUAAAAUGGAAAAAAUUAUACGAAGUAAAAAUAAUAAUGAGAAAUUUUGAGAAAAAACUUAUAAAGGAAAGAAGGAAGGAAUGAAAGAAGGAAGGAAGGAAUGGAGGGGAAGAUGUGAACGCAUGGAGUUAAUCCGUCAUUCAAUGUAAUUAUUUUUUUUAUUUGUCUUUCUUCUGCUACUUGGUUUGAGGUAUUUUGCUUAUUAAUGAUGUAAUAUAACACGUACGUACACACACACACACACACACACACGCACACACACACACCAACAAAAAGUUGUACAUGUACGUGGGGUUCCACGCAAACAGACACACAAACAUAUCAUGCAAUGAUCUUUUUUUAUUUUUCAAAUUUCCUUUUAAAAGCAAUAAAACUUAAGAAUAUUCCAGCAUAACUUAGA